CGGCUCCGGCCGGGCCUGCGCGCGGCGCCGGGAGACUCAGGCGGCCCCGGCUCCCGGCCGGCGCCCCUCGCCCCGCGUCCCCUGCCGGCCUCGCCGCGUCCUCCGGCCGCUUCCUCGGCCCGCCAGGCCUCGCCAUGGCGCUCAACAAUUUCCUCUUUGCGCAGUGCGUCUGCUACUUCCUGGCCUUUCUGUUCAGCUUCGUGGUGGUGGUGCCGCUGUCUGAGAACGGCCACGACUUCCGCGGCCGCUGCCUGCUCUUCACCGAGGGCAUGUGGCUGAGCGCCAACCUGACGGUGCAGGAACGAGAGCGCUUCACCGUGCAGGAGUGGGGGCCGCCGGCCGCCUGCCGCUUCAGCCUGCUCGCCAGCCUGCUUUCUCUGCUGCUCGCCGCCGCUCACGCCUGGCGCACGCUCUUCUUCCUCUGCAAGGGACACGAGGGCUCCUUCCUCCACGCCUGCCUGAGCCUGCUGGUCAGCGCCUUCGUGGUCUUCCUGGUCUUCAUCGCCAGCACCAUCGUGAGCGUGGGCUUCACCAUGUGGUGUGACGCCAUCACCGAGAAGGGCGCCGUGUCCCGCAGCUGUGAAGAGCUCCAGGGCAUCGACUUGGAGCUGAACGUGGACAACUCUGCCUUCUAUGAUCAGUUUGCGAUUGCCCAGUUCGGCCUCUGGGCCUCGUGGCUGGCCUGGCUGGCCAUCACCGUCUUGGCCUUCCUGAAAGUCUACCACAACUACCGCCAGGAGGACCUGCUGGACAACCUGGUCCAUGAGAAGGAGCUGCUGCUGGCCCGGCCCGCCCCCCGCGCCGCCUUCCAGGACGAGAAGAGCGCCGUCAUCUAGGCCCGGCCGGCCCCCACCUGGGCUGGGGGGCACGUGCUGCCCUGGGCCGCGGCCCUGGCUCUGCCCAGCCCCCACGCCUUGCAUGCCUCACCUCGGCUCUGUGUGCAGUGCUGAGCGACCCCCUCACUGGGCGCCCGGUUCCCACCGCGGACCGGCCUGGCAGCCAGCGGGGGUGGGGCCGCCCUCAGCCCCCAGGCUCCAUGCAGGGGCCUCCACCCAUCCUGGGGGUAAGCCUUGCGGAGGCCCCCGGCCAGUGGGCUUGCUGUGGUCACGCCUCCCUGUGGGCCUCGGCUGGACGCCAUCUGUGUGACCUCCUGCCAGGUCCCAUGGCAGCAACCUGUGACCUCGGUGUGACCCCAGCAGCCCAAGAUGGCCACACGUCACUCUCGUCACCUGCUCCUGAACUGUGCGGGGGAUGAGGAGCCCGCCACCUGCGGGCCAAGCGCCGCAUGCGGGAAGGAGCCCCUCGCCCCGGCAGCCCCCAGGGCUAAGAGCCCCCGACUCUGGCUCCAGAGCCCCUGGGAAAGCACAGAGUGGUGGGUCAGCCUGGGGUCAGGCCGCAGCGGUGGUGCGGGCUUCCUGGGGGCCUGGCCUGGGGAGGCCCCAGGGGCCCCGCUAUGGGCUGGGCCUGUGCUUGUGGGCUGGAGACGUGGACUCUGGAUGUGGGAGUGACGUCUUGCAGGGGAGAGGGGCCAGGUGCCACUGAGGGUGUGUGAGUGCAUGUGAGGCGUGUGAGGGUGUGGACGUGUGUGUGCUGUGAGUGCACGUGGCCAGUGUGUGCGAGCGUGCAUGAGUGUGCACGUGAGCCUGCAUGGCAAGGUGUGAGCGUGUGUGUUGUGUGUACACAUGAGCGUGCCUGUGCACAAGUGUGUGUGCAAGUGUGCGUGUGUGGGUGGAGACCAGAGUAGGCAGCUGUCUGCACCCCAUCCCCAGGGCCCCCUGUGCCCCAGAGGAGGGGCCGCUUUCCCAUCUCAGGGGGCCCCGAGGGUGCAUCCCGCCCCGCGGCGGCAGGCGGAGGAGCUGGCGGGGGCCUGGGGCCCAGGAUUCGGUGCUGAGCCGCCUGGGGCUCCUGGCUGUGGACGCCGCUCAGGGCUGCCGGCUCAGGAGGCAGGUCUGGCCCGCGUGCUGGUUUGCCGUGCCUCCAUCUCCCUGAAAGGAGGGGCCCGGGGCAUCCAGGGCUCGCAGAUCUGGGCCUGGGUCUAGGGGCCCCCUGCGGCAGGCAGCCUGGCCUUGGGAAGCAAGGUGCACGUCACCUGUCAUGAUGUGCUCAGCUGGCACCUUUCGGGAGGGGGGCUCGGGGCAUAGGUGAUGGAGGCUCCUGGCAUCUUAGAUGCUCUGGCCCUUGGCCUGGUGGGGGUUCUGGCCAGAGGAGCAGGGGCCUUGGGGAGGGGUUUUGGCAGAACCUGAGGCCCUCAAGGGGACCUGCCUGUCCAGUUCACUGGUGCCUGAGAGCUCCUGGUCUGUUCUCCGCAGAAGGGGGUGGCUCUGCCUUGCCCCCCAGCAGGCGGUAGCCAUCUGGGCUCUGGAGGGUGGAGCGGGCCCUGGAUGUGGGCUUCUGGACUGGAGGCUCUGCUGCAGGUGUGGGUGUGCCCGGGCACUCAUGGAUGGCCUGGAGCCGGUCUGGGCCCUGUGUCCUCUUUCAGGGCCACACGCAAAGCAGAGCGGUCACUGACGCACAGGCCGUGCCCUGGGGCCCCUGAGGAGGGUCUCCCCUGCCGCUCCCUGGAUACCUGCUCCUCCCCAGUGCUGUCUGAUGAUGGGCGCCCUACCCUGAUUCUGCUCCAGCUUAACUGAAAGUGAAGGUUCUUCCACCAAAUGUAUUUAUUUCUCAAGUCAAAAUAAAAACAAAAAUACCUGAGCCUCAAAUGUGGACGAAGGAUCAGGUGUCUCUUUAUGCAUC